CUCAGGAAACCCUGGUACUGGCAGCAGCCAGCCUCUGCUGUGCCCACAUGACCCACAACUCUGGCAGCGGACCCGGCACUUCCAACAUUAUUAAAUAAUAAGAAAGCGGCUCCUACUCCAUGCCCAAACCUCCCUACAGACCAAUGGACACCUUCUAAGAGUUUGGCGAGUCGGUGACUGAGGCGCCCGUCCAUUCCAAGAUAAAUAAGAUUUGCUAGUCCUUGAAUGAAGUGCUUGGGAAGUCUUUAAAUGCCACAGUCAACCGCCAUUUCAAAGAAAAGAAAAUAGAUGGUUUUGGAAAGUUCAUGCUGUUUCUUCAUUGAAUUUUAGAAUGAUUGAAGAUAGUGGGAAAAGAGGAAAUACCAUGGCAGAAAGAAGACAGCUGUUUGCAGAGAUGAGGGCUCAAGAUCUGGAUCGGAUCCGACUCUCCACCUACAGAACAGCGUGCAAGCUUAGAUUUGUUCAGAAGAAAUGCAAUUUGCACCUGGUGGACAUUUGGAACGUCAUAGAAGCAUUGCGGGAAAAUGCUCUGAACAACCUGGACCCAAACAUAGAACUCAAUGUGGCCCGCUUGGAGGCUGUGCUCUCCACCAUAUUUUACCAGCUCAACAAACGGAUGCCAACCACUCACCAAAUCCAGGUGGAGCAGUCCAUCAGCCUCCUGCUUAACUUCCUGCUGGCAGCCUUUGAUCCGGAAGGCCAUGGUAAAAUUUCAGUAUUUGCUGUCAAAAUGGCUUUAGCCACGUUGUGUGGAGGGAAGAUCAUGGACAAAUUAAGAUAUAUUUUCUCAAUGAUUUCUGACUCCAGUGGGGUGAUGGUUUAUGGACGAUAUGAUCAAUUUCUGCGGGAAGUUCUCAAAUUACCCACAGCAGUUUUCGAAGGUCCUUCGUUUGGUUACACAGAACAGUCAGCUAGAUCCUGUUUCUCUCAACAGAAAAAAGUCACCUUAAAUGCUUUCUUGGACACGCUCAUGUCAGAUCCUCCCCCGCAGUGUCUGGUCUGGCUGCCCCUUCUGCAUCGACUGGCAAAUGUAGAAAAUGUCUUCCACCCAGUUGAAUGUUCCUACUGCCACAGUGAGAGUAUGAUGGGAUUUCGCUACCGAUGCCAACAGUGUCACAAUUACCAGCUCUGUCAGGACUGCUUCUGGAGGGGACACGCUGGUGGUUCCCAUAGCAACCAGCACCAAAUGAAAGAGUACACAUCAUGGAAAUCACCCGCUAAGAAGCUAACUAAUGCGUUAAGCAAGUCUCUGAGCUGUGCUUCCAGCCGUGAACCUUUGCACCCGAUGUUUCCCGACCAGCCCGAGAAGCCACUCAACUUGGCCCAUAUCGUGCCACCCAGACCUGUGACCAGCAUGAAUGACACCAUGUUCUCCCACUCUGUCCCCUCCUCAGGAAGUCCUUUUAUUACCAGGAGGUUACCUGAGGGGAUAAGUGCAUCCAGCCCUGUGGCUGAGGAGCAUUCGCUCAUAAAGCUGUAUGUAAAUCAGCUCGACCACCAUGCACGUAUGCUUGAGAGUUCAAACCGGCUCGAUGAAGAACACAGGCUGAUCGCCAGGUACGCGGCAAGACUGGCAGCAGAGUCCACUUCGUCUCAACCGACUCAGCAGAGAAGUGCUCCUGACAUCUCCUUCACCAUUGAUGCAAAUAAGCAACAAAGGCAGCUGAUCGCAGAACUAGAAAACAAGAACAGAGAAAUCUUACAGGAGAUCCAGAGGCUGCGGCUAGAGCAUGAACAAGCUUCUCAGCCCACUCCAGAGAAGGCGCAGCAAAACCCCACUCUGCUGGCAGAACUCCGGCUCCUCAGACAGCGCAAGGAUGAGCUGGAGCAGAGAAUGUCUGCUCUCCAGGAGAGCCGGAGAGAGCUAAUGGUCCAGUUAGAAGGUCUCAUGAAGCUACUAAAGGAAGAAGAACUGAAGCAGGGAGUAAGUUAUGUCCCCUACUGCAGGUCUUAACUAACAGUGGAGGGGCCUGCCGUCCUGCCGUUUUUCUCAUUGCUUUUGCCUCUAAUGUAUGUUCAUGCUUCAGUUUGGAAAGAGAAAAAAAAAAAUCAUACUAAUUUGCUUUCUUUUCAAUGUAGUGCUUGAAUUGAGAUAUAUAAAAUUUAGCAUUUUUUAUAACUAUUACUACUGUUGGCAACAAAUGAAGAGCUAUUACAUCUUUUAGAAGAGAGAACAAUUGUAAUUUGUUGGAAACUUUUUAGACCUCCAAGGGUCUAAGUUUCAAACCAGUCUCAUGCUUUUCUGGGUGGUUGAUUAGAUCCUUCUCUUAAUAGAAAGAUACCCAUCACAGUCACUAAAGUUACACUCAGUAAAACCCACAGCAACUAGAAGCUAACCUCAUCAUCCUCUCACACUGUGAAUAUUCAGUUCAGUUUCCAUUUUACUGAAAAGGUGUAGAACCUCUUUUCAUAAAAACCAACCAAUCACAUCUUUUCUCAUUGCAUAAUUAUUAUGCCCUGUUCCCCACUGCUCACCAAAAUGUGCUCAAUCUUAUGAGAGAAAAGUUGUACUCAGUAACUGUUUACUUCCCAUAGUUUAAUUUUUCUUCAAGACGAAUCCCUACUGUUGGUUGACAAUAAUCUCAAAAGAAUAGAUAACUUUCAGGCUUUCUCUUAUCACCGAGAACCUUUCUGCUCUGGGAGUUCACAAGUUCUUAUGUACAUCUCUAGAAGUAGAAGCAUUGUGACUCUCUAACUAUAGCCUAAACUGAAGCCCUGUCUGACCCUGUGGUCAGGUUCAGAAGCCAGCAGAGGGAGCAGCAUACUUAAGAGAUAAUAAUAAAAAAAAAUAGAGCAAAAUAAAAGCAGCUUUAAUUUCAAGUGCAUGUAUCAAGCUGUGUAUGACAAUAUAUCCCACUCACUAGUAUUAUGAAGAAGUUUCACAUUAUUUCCAUGGAUCAAUUAGAACCACAGCCUGUCCAGUUUCAACGCACUUUUUAAUUCUUCUGUAUUCUCUUUCCUAUUAUUUGUUGUGUGUGUUUGUGUGUAACAAAGAAUGUUUGCAAAAUGCUGGACACAUUUUUACCCUUCAUUCCCAAGGUCUGUAAAAAAGGAAAGUGUAAAACUAAUCUGUAAUGUCAGACAAUAAAGACAAUGUAUUACAUUAUUUUGUAUUUUGUGAAAACAAUUACUUUACUAAAAAAGUCAAAUUUUAAUGAGAGACAGUGCCCCUGGGUGAAGGACACACAUUUACAGCCUGUAUAAUUGCCCAUAAAUGCAUACAUGGGGUAUUGCUGUUGUACUUCCAAUACACUUAGAUCAUGGCAGAAAAAAAUGCCUUGCUGUGAUGCUUCUCUUUGCAAAUGGCCUCUUUUCUUUCCUGUCUCUAAAUUCGCAUGUGCACAGAAAAAGCAAAUAAGGCUCAGAUAUAACUUUCCUCCUCCUAGUGGAGAGAAAGGGCAAUCAUUCUGUAGUUAGCCUUGCUUGAGCCAGUUCCCUCAGGGACCCCUUCUCUACCAUUUCCCAGGCAAUGCAUUCUUGAAAGGCUCAGUGGACCAGGAAGUCCAUAAACUGAUGGAUGCACAGAGCCCAGAAGCUCAUAAACAGACGAUGCGUAGAGCCAGGAAGCUUAUAAACUGAUGGAUACAUGGAGCCAGGAAGUACGUAAACAGAUGGAUGCAUAGAGCCAAACCAUGGCAGUGCCCAUAAGAGCAUUACUGCCUCCUUUCCUUCCAGCUCCACCCCACUGAGCCCUCAACAGCCACUGCAUCUUUGAAAGUCAGCUGGCAGUGGUACUGCUGCAUGCAUACUUAAGGGCCGUUAUUGGCGACACCCAGAUAUCAGCGAUGCGUUGUCUGGGUGGGGAGAGAGUUUACCUGUCUUAUUUAUUUAUUUGCUUUUGUACUCGAGUCUCUUUUCAAAAAGGACUCGAGGCAGCUUACAACAAAAGACAUACACAAUGACUUCAUAAAAUAGAAAUAGAAAAAUUGAAAACUAAAGAAAAGAAAAUGCGAAUAUCCUAAUCAUAAGGGACAAGGGUGUUACUCUGAGCUUUCUGGCAAUGAGUCAAAAAAAGGAAAACAUAAUUGGUGGUUUUAUCAGAACAGAAAUACCAGUUCUCAGGGGACCAAAAUUUCUCCUGGUGUAAAAUAUAAACAGAAAGUCUUCACUUGGAGCUUUCUAGAAGGAGUACUGAAUAAUGAAAUGGACAAAUGCCAUCGUAGAUUUCAUGUGACUAUUCUUACACUGACCUUCAGUCAAAAUUGAAGACAGAACUCCGUAUGUCCCGAUCUUGUAGAGCAGAUCUACAAGGAAAUAAACAAACGCCAUCCAAAUUUAUAAACUUCUUGUGGUAUAACAUGAUCUAAGGAGAGAAUUUAGAGGUUUUAGUCUGGCAUCUGCUUCUAAAUUCUGUUUUUAUUUAUGAGCCUUUUCCCUUUGGGGACAUUCUCUUUGUAAAAUCAGAUUUAAGACACGGCACACAACAAAUUGUGCUUGAUUUAAUAACCUCUACUUGCUUUAUCAUAAGUCUGUGUGGUUCAAUGUAUUUUAU